AUGGGUCUUAAAGCGGUCUGGAAGAUCCUACAUAAUUCUAGCAGUGAAAUUUCUCAUAGUCCUACUACGGUCCCUCUCAUUUUUCAUGUUGAGCGAAUCAUCAUUCCACGUGUUUUCUUAUCGAGCGACCUGUUUACAAACCCAUGGACCAGCACCUGUAACAUCAGGAAGUUUGGAUUCGUUGUUUGGGGCACAAUGUACAGGAUAAGCACUAGUCAUAAUCUCAUUCACUCUUUGUUGCUAUUCAAGCUGGAAUCGUGUAACAAUUGUUUGGCUAUGGAUUAUGUGACCACUCAGUGUGCGCGACCGCUCAGUGAUAUUGCUUUAUCUAUUCCCCAUAUGGCAUACUGAAGACAUUUCGCUGCAGGCCCUUAUCAAUGGCAUUCGCAAGGACAAAACUGGUUUUUUGGCCAUGUUCUUCAAGGAUAAUGCAUUUGUUCCUGAUAAUUUCUGGAUGUGUGGAUGUGUAGAACAAAUUUCGUAAUGAUAUCGUAAGCGAUUCUUCUACAUUAGCGCGACUUUGAGCUUAAUUUUCUGUGAGCUCACUUAUGAGGUAAAGUGCCUAGCUAGCAUUGUCGUGGCUCAUUUCAAUUUCUUAGGACCGCUUAUGGUGAGUUUAAUUCAACUUCUAACGCUUUCUUUAG